UAAAAAUAUUAUUCUUAUGGACACUCAAGUUAAGACUGUAGAGACAAAGAAAGCUAGAAAAGCUGAAAUUAAGGACAAGAAGGCCGAGAAGAAGGCUUCUACUGCCGUUAGGCCCGCUGUUAAGAAGGUCAAGGUCGAUGAGUCUAAGGCUAAGCCAAAGGCUGUCACCAAGGGCAAGGCUAAGGAAACCAAGAAAAAGGCUACCAAGAUUUCUAACUCUGAUGAAAAAGUUGUCAAGGACACUAAGCUCACCAACAUUGAAGAGGAGAAGGAAGUCAAGAAAGCUGAGCCAAAGAAGAGAGUCGCUAAGGCUGUCACAAAGGCUGCUAAGGAUAAAAAAGCUCAACCAGAGGUUGCCAAAAAGGUAAAGAAACCAAGAGAGGAUACCAAGCGCAAGGCCUCUGGUGGAGCUAAAAAGUCAGGACUUACUACCAAAAAGACUGCCCCACGAAAGAAAUCAACCCCUCCUGUUGAAGUUAAGAAAGAAGUUAUUGAUGUGAAAAAGAUUUCACCAGAAGCUAUAAUAGUUUAAUAUUAAAUAUCUUAUUCCUUAAGAUAAAUUACUUAA